AAACGAGAUAGAUGGGGCUCUUGGUUCUCCUUGCUUUGUUCUUGUUAGAAGCUGGGGUUACUGCAGCCGACCAGACAGGGUUCUUAAGCAUCGACUGCGGUUUAGACGAUGAAGAUGACACCUAUACGGAUGACCUAGCCGGUGGCAUCACCUACGUCGCCGACGGCGUGUACGUCGAUGGCGGCAACAACAGCAAGGUGACCACCGUGUACCAGAAGGACUGGCAGGGCCCUCGCUACAAAACCCUCUACACACUUAGGAGCUUCCCGGCGGCCACCGCUGACGGGGGUGGCCGGAACUGCUACACGCUGCCGACCAACGAUGUCGGGGGCAAGUACAACGUCCGGUUGGAGUUCUUGUAUGGCAACUACGACAACCUCGACAGUGCGUCACUAAGGUUCAACCUAACGCUCGGGGUGAACCACUGGGACACCGUGAACCUGGAUACUGGCGACGAUAACUACGGCUACCAAGCCUACGCGGCGGUGUUCGUGGCGUGGGCGAGCUGGGUGCCGGUGUGCCUCGUCAACAUCGGCCAGGGCACGCCGUUUGUGUCCACGGUGGAGCUAAGGCCGCUUGGGGACUUGCCCUACCCGGUGAUGGCCAAUCAAUCGCUCUCGCUCUUCGAACGGAGGAGUAUGAGGUGGAGCGCCGACGAUAAUAUAGUAAGGUACCCUGAUGAUGAGUACGAUCGGUACUGGUACGCAUGGGAACUGGAGGAAGACGACGAUGCCUCAAACAUCUCCACCCCAUCAACCAUCUCGCCGAGCUCCCAAUUCGAGGUUCCCUCGCGUGUUCUCGAGACAGCCUUUGUGCCGGCGGCGGCCGGCAACUCCAGGGAGCUAAUUCUCCAUUCAAAGAGAGCAGAAGUACCGCCCCGUGAUCAUCUGGUGAUCCUGCACUUCGCGGACUUCCAGAAUAACAAGUCUCGCCAGUUCACUGCUUCGAUCGACGACGGCGCGCAGAGCAGCCCAAUCAGUCCGAGAUACCUGGAUGGUUCGUCCAUCACCAUUUGGUCCAUGGAUGCAGAAGGUUUUUCAGUCAAGCUAACUGCCACUGCCAUGUCUGAUCUGCCCCCAAUGCUCAACGCUUACGAGGUCUACGGUCGCAUCAUCCACGACAACCCGAUGACGUCCCCCCAAGACUUUGAUGCGAUCAUGGCUAUUAAACAUGAGUAUGGGAUAAAGAAGAACUGGAUAGGCGAUCCAUGUUUCCCAGAGAAUUUUGCUUGGCAUGGUGUUGGAUGCAGCAAAGUCACUGAUGACAAAACUAUGAGAAUAAUAUCUCUCGAUCUCUCCAACAGCGAAUUGCAUGGGUUGAUAUCCAAUAAUUUCACAUUGCUUACAGCCCUGAAGUAUUUAAACUUGUCAUGCAACCAACUGAAUGGGACAGUUCCAGACUCCCUCCGUAAAAGCAAUGGAUCAAUUAUUUUCAGCUAUGAGUCUGACGGAGAUAUGUGCAAAAAAACAAUAACCUCAUCCCCUUCGAGAAACGGAAAAGCUAAGCUAGCUGCUUCUGUAGUGGCUCCAGUGAUCGUUGUUGCCAUACUUGUUGUAGCAUAUUUGAUCUGGAGAACCAAAAGAAAGCCCCAUCAUGCUACAGAUGAUUCUACUAUGGUAGCACAAAUGAUGGUUGCUCCUCCAGGACAUUGGACAAGUCAUUGGGACCAUUUAGAAAGACCUGAAAAUCGCCGAUUCACGUACGAGGAACUUGAAAAGUUCACGGGUAACUUCAAACAUUUGAUUGGGCAUGGAGGCUUUGGGAAUGUGUAUUACGGUCGUCUAGAAGACAAUACCGAGGUUGCUGUCAAGAUGCGAUCUGAAUCAUCGUCACAUGGGCUUGAUGAGUUUUUAGCUGAGGUUCAGAACUUGACAAAGGUGUAUCACAGAAAUCUUGUUUUUUUGCUUGGUUACUGCUGGGAGAAGGAUCAUUUAGCACUUGUCUAUGAGUACAUGUGUAGCGGCAAUCUUUGUGAUUAUCUGAGAGGUAAAAGUGGCAUCGCUAGAACAAUGAAAUGGGCAACACGCGUAAGAGUUUUGCUUGAAGCUGCUCAAGGCUUGGAUUAUCUACAUAAGGGUUGCACACUACCCAUAAUUCAUGGGGAUGUGAAGACACAUAAUAUUCUCUUGGACCAAAAUCUAAAAGCAAAAAUAGCGGAUUUUGGGCUUUCUAAAACCUACCACAGUGACUCACAGACUCACGUAUCAACCACUGCAGCUGGAUCUAUGGGCUACAUUGACCCUGAGUACUACGUCACCGGUAGGCUCACUGAGGGCAGUGACAUCUACAGUUUUGGUGUAGUUUUACUAGAGGUAACUACAGGUGAACCUCCCAUAAUACCUGGGAAUGAUCACAUCAUUCAACGUGUGAUGCAGAAAAUGGUCACGGGGAACAUCAGCUCAGUUGUUGAUGCACGUCUUGGAGAUUCCUUUAAUGUCAACUCCAUAUGGAAGGUUUUAGACACCGCAAUAAUGUGCACAGCAGAUAUUGCUUCUCAAAGGCCUACAAUGGCAACCGUGGUCACUCAAUUGAAGGAAGGCCUGGCAUUGGAGGAAGCUCAUGGGGACCUAGGCGAUAUGGAAAAUGUAGCAAGAGAUAACAUAUCUUCGAUGUCCAUGCUUGGUCCAUCAGCAAGAUGAAGAAACCAUUCAUGCCUGACUUUAGGACAUAGUUAAAGGUUCUCUCCUUCAUGUCUAAAACAACACGAUUAAUAUGUGCUGACUAUUUGUUGUGUUAAAGGACAAUUAUUUAUAUAGCUUUUACUCAUGAACAAAAUCGAUAGGAUCAUUGCAUGAUUUGUGUUGGUGCGAUGCAUUAAUUAAUUUGCCUCAGUGUGCAA